AUGAUUGUGGAGCAGCAUGCGUACCCUAUUUUCGACGAUGAUUGGGGUGCUGAUGAAGAGCUGCUGCUGCUAGAAGGAGCAGAGCUCCAGGGUCUUGGUAAUUGGCAAGAUAUCAGCGACCAUAUUGGAGGAAGAUCUAGAGAAGAGGUGGAUGAGCAUUAUAAUAAAGUGUAUCUACAGAGUGCAACAUAUCCAUUGCCAGAAAUGAACAAGAAGUUCAAUAUUAGUCCAGCGGAAUUCGCAGAAAAGAAGCGUCAGCGGUUAGAAGACCGACGAAAGAAUGCACCAGCUCUGCCAAUUCCAAAACAAAAGCCCACAGCGUCGGUUCCUGCAUGCCACGAAGUACAAGGUUACAUGCCAGGACGUCUGGAGUUUGAACAAGAAACAGAAAACGAGGCGGAAAUGAGUGUCAAGGAUAUGGUAUUUGAUCCGGAAGAACCGUCACAGGAAGUCAAUUUCAAACUGACUAUUUUGGAUAUUUAUAACUCGCGGUUGACGACUCGUGCCGAACGCAAACGAAGCAUCCUAGCCCAUGGAUUACUUGAUUACCGCAAGAAUGCUGGUAUUGAGAAAAAACGAACUAAAGAGGAGCGUGAUCUGGUUAAUAAACUGAAACCGUUUGCACGAAUGAUGACUAGAAAGGAUUAUGAGAUGCUGACCGAUUCAAUGCUCACGGAACUGAGGUGUCGACGCCGGAUUGCCGAGUUACAAGAAUACCGACGCAACGGUAUUCGCACACUAGAAGCAGCAGCCAAGUAUGAACGUGACAAGGUGACAAGAAUCAAUGCUCUCAACAGAGCAGGUAUCAUACUCGGUGGAGGAAUGACUCCGUCGAGCAAUAGCACUAUUUUGAACAACAGUAAUAUCAUAAAUGGAACCAGUUUGACCCGUAAUUCACUGGGCUCUAAACCUGGUACUCCCGGGCCUCUAAACAGCACUAGUUCUAUCGACAGUACUAGUACUGUUAACGACAGCACCAGCAGUACUAAUGGCAGCAGCAAUGUCAACAACACUGCUGUUAGUGUCAUGUCCCCUCUUGGAUACAAGUUCUCUCCGUCUGUAUUCACCAAUAUUUCUGAAUCCGAACGGUCGAGUCCAUUUGGCAGUCUGUCGUUGCCAGGAACCUCGUCCUCUACCGCUCUUAACGGUGGCAGUGGCAGCGGUUUAGGCAGCACCGGCGGUUCGGUCACUCCCACAGCCACCACCAAUGGAACGACCCUGAAGAUUCGCAAGUCCAUCAGCAUGACCACACCUCCACUAGACAUCUCGCAGGCAGCAGACGUGGAACUCCUAUCACCACAAGAACAACUUCUCUGCUCGCAGCUCCGCAUUCUCCCCAAACCAUACCUCGCAAUCAAAGAAACAUUAUUCCGCGAGCUGGUACGCACAGGAGGUAUCCUCAAACGCAAAACAGCCCGCGAGCUUAUCAAAAUCGACGCCGCAAAAACUGGCCGUAUCUACGAGUUCUUCCAGAGCCAGAACUGGCUGUCCUAG